AUGCAGCCGACCAUUCCACAGAGCACGGGAGGCAGUGAUAUGGACCUCCCUGCCGUCCAGCCUAUGGAUUGGUUGUUCAAAAAGGAACGCAUCUAUCUGCUAGCACAGUUUUGGCAACAGCGUGCCACGUUGGCGGAAAAGGAGGUAAACUCGCUCAAGGAGAAACUGUCGACCACGGACCGCGGAGUCAGCAACAACAAUAACAACAUUAGCAACAGCGUCAACAAUAACGACGGUAACGAUAUGGACGUCACGGCACCACCACCACCACCGCCAUCGCUUGCCGCCCCGACACUGCCAACAGCCCUGCCACUGGUCGCGUCGACGUCUCCGACACCACCGACGUCCGCGUCGCCGAUGAUCGUCGAACAGAACGGCAUCGCGCCACCAUCGCCCUCAACCACGCCCGUGUCGGAAACCGGCAGCAUCCACCGCCCGGACCUGGCGCACAGUCCGUGCGAAAAGCCCCGCGGUGGAUCACGGUCACCGAUGGCGGCGGGCACGCCGGAAAUCGAUCGCAAGGUGCAGCAAGAGCUGGCCGCCCUGGCGCACACCAUCAACAACAACUGCCUCGCGAGCAGUAACAACAACAAUCACAACAGUAGCAACCGAUCGCCCACCCGAUCGCCACCGAGCGCGGAGAAGAUGGACUGCGAAAGUGCGGGUGCGUUACAGUCGAAGGGCAGGACGAAGGAGGGUUACGCGCCGGAGGAACUGAGCGGCAGUAGUGCCCGGACGGGUGUCAGCGAGUGCCACAAGGGAAGCAGUGAAAAGCUGAACAAUUCCACCGACACGAACUGUACGGGCGAGACGGAAUCGCCCAGCAAGGAUCCCAUCCUAGACAGCAGGACGCGAUCGCUAACCGAGGAACUUUCAGCCAAGGAUCGUGAGAUAUCACUCCUGUUCGAGGAAGUUGGACGGCUGCGGACGGCCAUCGCCAAUAUUCAGGAAUCGCACAACCUGCAGAUCCAGCGGCUCGAGGACCGGCUGGAGGAGAAGCGGCAACACAUCGUGCGGCUCGAGUCGCGCAUCGAAAAGCAGCAGGAUUUUGACGAUAUCAAAAAGGAAAAUAGCAUGCUUCGCUCGGUGGAUCUGAGCGCGUCCCACGAGUCGAAACAAUUCCAGGAGCUGCUGCUCGAACGCACCAAAGCGCUGGCGGCCCAAACGGAGGCAAUCAAAUCAUCGUCGACCACCUCGGAAGGAUCCCCACUUACCAGCGGCCCCAGCAGCAUCGGUGGUAGUGGCGCCAAUGGUGACAGCAGUGCCGGACCCGGUGCUGCCCCUUCGCAGCCCAUCCGAGCGCUCUCACCCGCGACUGCUAGCAACGGCAGCUGCAGCAUCAGCGCGAGCUGCACCGGCCAUGCUUCGGUCACCGCUUCUAGCAACACCGGUGCGCCCGCGGCCGAUCUGGCCGGUAGCGAAUCGCGCCACUGCACGCACGAUCUCACUAACAGCAACUCGCCAACUAACAACACCAUCACCGCCGGCAUUGCUUCGAGCGAAAUUAACAAUAACUGCUCCUCGACCCCAUCCGGUGUCGGUUGUCCACCUCCGCCUCCGCAGCCCCCGCUGCAUCCUCCCCUGCUUCCGUCUCGGUCUCCCCAGCCAACCUUGCGAUCACCGUCGUCUUCCGGCACCGUCCAGGCACCGUUGUGUCCCCCACCAACGACGGGCGCCGGGGCAGUGGCCACGACGACGGCCACCGCGCCAAACCCGACCGAUCCGAUGGCCGGGCUGAACUCGUUCCUGGCGCCACCGUUGCAGAACGUGGAACAGUUUGGGUCGUUUCUGGGCGAGGAGCUCGUCAGCAGCUGGCGCCGCGGGGCGCUCGAGCUGCCACCACCUCCACCGGGACUGGCAGCGGCCGCGGCUGCCGCUGCUGCUGCCGCCGCCGCAGCUGCGGCACGCAAUCCAGCCUUACUAAUGAACCACCAUCACGUUGUUAACUCGCCCCCGACAGAUCUACCCACGCUGGCGCAUCAUGCCGCCGGUCUCGACCAGGACAAAGCCAGCAGCCAUCACGAGAACUCGUCCUCCGCCAGCACGCCGAUACUGCGCGAAGACUCCUCGCGGCACGACGACCGCCAUCUGAACGGUGGCGGCGGUCUCACGCCCAUGUCGAUCUCCAAGAGCCCGCUCGAGGACAACAACAACACGCUGGGGGCGCUCGGCCGUCUCGAUGGGGCCACCACCGGCAACCUGAUACAGGGACUUCCGUUUCAAUUCCAAGAGCGGGGACACUUCCGGUUUGCCGACGCUUCCGACAUGCAGAUGCCGCCGGGUUCGAUGGUCGGCCGGCUCGGGGACUCGCUCAUCCCGAAGGGUGAUCCGAUGGAGGCGAAGCUCCAGGAGAUGCUGCGGUACAAUAUGGAUAAGUACGCGAACCAGAACCUGGACACGCUGCACAUCUCGCGCCGCGUCCGGGAGCUGCUGUCCGUGCACAACAUCGGCCAGCGGCUGUUCGCGAAGUACGUGCUUGGGCUGUCCCAGGGCACCGUGUCGGAGCUGCUGUCGAAGCCGAAACCAUGGGACAAGCUGACGGAGAAGGGACGGGACAGCUACCGGAAGAUGCACGCCUGGGCGUGUGACGAGAACGCCAUCAUGCUGCUCAAAUCCCUAAUUCCGAAGAAAGGUGCAGAACCCGGAAUGCCAUCCUACGGACGACCGGACGGGGAUCUCAGCGAUGACCGCAUGCAGCAAAUCCUCUCCGAAGCCUCCAUGAUGAAGCGCGGCGAACAGCCAACGCCGCAGCAGCAAGCGCACCAUCAGCAGCAAAUGCGCGAGCAGAUGCAGCUGCAGCAACAUCAGCUACAGCAGCUACAUCUCAGCGGGCUCGAUGACUCCACGCAGCACAGUGACAACGACUCCAAAUCUCCGCACAACCGUGACGUGCACUCACCCUUCUCCAAAGACUAUCUCAGCGGGCGGCUGGGAAGCUCGGGGCGACCCAAAAAGUACGACAACGACGACAUCUCGCAGGACAAGAUCGCAAAGAUCUACCAGGAAGAGUUCUCCAAGCUGAUGCGCAGUCCGCGAGAGUUCCCCAAUCUUCUAUUUCCACACUUCCUCAGCGGCGGUAUGCCACCGAUGGAUCGCGUGCAGGACGACAAUCUCCGGAUGGCGUUCGAGGCCUACCAUCGCGAGCUGGCCAAACUGCAGCAGAACGCAUCUGCUGCCCUUCCGGGUAUGCCCAACAUUUCCAACCUCCCCAACUUCUUGGCACUCCAGCACCAGCAGCAGCAGCAACAGCAGCAGCAACCGUCGCAACCUUCCACGCCGUCAGGGCAGCCGUCGACUCCAUCGCAACCAUCGCAGCACACGGCGACCGGACUGAACGGUGGAUCCGCCCAGGAUCUUUCCCUGCCAAAGGAUAAGCAAUCGUCCGCCUCGAAGCUCAACGGUACGAUAUCCGAUGCCGAGUCCGAUGCCGACAUGAGCCAGAAAGAGCUGGACGAAAGCAUGAAGCACAGCGCCUUCAGUCUGGUGAAACCAAAGCCUUCGGAACCGUCGGGCAUGUGUACGCCGACGACGACCGCGUCCUCGGCGGCCCCGAGCCCCAUCGGUAACAGCAUCCUGCCCCCGACAAUCACGCCCACGGACGAUUUCUCCGUGGCGGCCAGCCCGCUGCAGCGCAUGGCGUCGAUCACCAACUCGCUCAUCACGCAGCCGCCCGUCACGCCGCACCACACGACCCAGCAGCGCCCGCUCAAAGCCAUCCUGCCACCGAUCACGCAGCAGCAGUUCGACCUGUACAACAACCUCAACACGGAGGACAUUGUGCGGCGCGUCAAGGAAUCGCUCUCGCAAUACUCCAUCAGCCAACGGCUGUUUGGCGAGUCCGUGCUGGGGCUCUCGCAGGGUUCGGUCAGUGAUCUGCUGGCCCGGCCGAAACCCUGGCACAUGCUCACCCAGAAAGGCCGCGAACCCUUCAUCCGCAUGAAGAUGUUCCUGGAGGACGAGAACGCGGUGCACAAGCUGGUGGCCAGCCAGUACAAGAUCGCACCGGAGAAGCUGAUGCGCACCGGCAACUACAGCGGCACGCCUCAGCUGCCCGGGCUCCACAUGCAGAAGCAGAUGCCGCCGACCAUGCCGAAGAUGUUGAGCGACUCGAUCAGCAAGCUGCAGCAGGAUCAGCAGAAAACGUUACUCCAGCUGCAGAUUUCCCAAAUGCAGCAGCAGCUGCCCACGGCUCAGGCGGCCCAGGCCGCUGCCCAGCAUCAGCAUCAGUUGGCCGCGGCGGCAGCGGCGGCUGCGGCCGCCGCCCAUCACGCGGCCCAGGUGCAGGAAGUCCAGCGUCACUCGGCGGCCCAGCAACCACUCUCCUCACAGCCAUCGCCGCUCGGUGCCAUGGGCUCGGUGAACUCCUCCUCGCAGCAACGGCCUCAGCAACCUUCCCCGCAGACGAUGCUGCUGACGCCGCCGGGAAUUCCGCCCCAGCACGCCAUCUCGCUGCAGGGUCACGCGGGCGCGCAGGAGAAGAAGUCCUCCAUCAUGAUGCCGAUCCACUCGCCCGUUCCGCAAGGUCCGCCCGGUUCCGGGGGGCAGCACGCGUCCCAGCCGGGGGCGCCCAACGCCAUGCGCGGAUCCCUCCACCAGCACAUCUCGCCGACGGUGUACGAAAUGGCCGCGCUCACGCAGGACCUCGAUACGCAGGUGAUCACGACGAAGAUCAAGGAGGCGCUGCUGGCGAACAACAUCGGCCAGAAGAUCUUCGGCGAGGCGGUGCUGGGACUGUCGCAGGGUUCCGUCUCGGAGCUGCUGUCCAAACCGAAGCCCUGGCACAUGCUGAGCAUCAAGGGCCGCGAACCGUUCAUCCGCAUGCAGCUGUGGCUGAGCGACGCCAACAAUGUCGAGCGGCUGCAGGUGCUGAAGAACGAGCGGCGCGAGGCCAGCAAGCGGCGCCGAUCGACGGGCCCCGGCGGGCAGGACAACAGCAGCGACACCUCGAGCAACGACACGUCCGAGUUCUACCACUCCAACUCGCCCGGUCCCGGUUCGGUGGGGUCGGCCACGGCACCGCCGAACAAGAAGCAGCGCGUGCUGUUCUCCGAGGAGCAGAAGGAAGCGCUCCGGCUCGCCUUCGCCCUCGAUCCGUACCCGAACGUGCAGACAAUCGAAUUCCUGGCCAGUGAGCUCGGGCUGUCGACGCGCACCAUCACCAACUGGUUCCACAACCAUCGCAUGCGGCUGAAGCAACAGGUCCCGCACGGUCAACCCGCCGAACCGAUUCCGUCGCGCGAAAACCAAUCCGGCGCCCCGUUCGAUCCGGUGCAGUUCCGCGUGCUGCUCAACCAGCGGCUGAUGGAGAUCCAGAAGGAGCGGUUAGGGCUGAGCGGUAUGCCACUGCCCUACCCGCCCUACUUCGCGGCCACCGCGCCGGCCACCAGCCUGGCCGCGCUGAUCGGGCGCGGGUUCAUGCCGGGAAGCGAGGCGGAUCUGGCGGCCCUCAACAAGAGCAUCAGCGAGCAGAUGAGCGGGCUCGACCUGUCCAUGCCUUCCACGUUGAAGCGCGAAGGUGACGACGACUAUGAGGACGAUGCCGAAAACGAGGAGGAAACCACCUGUGGCCACAUGAGCGAUUCGGAAUCGCUGGACGGAAGUAGCAAACGGGGUGGCGAUGAUGACGACCUCAAGACAUCCCUUUCGCUCGCCAGCCUGCAGGCCAUGUCGCGGAUAAGCCGCCGCAAGCCGGCCGCCCCGCAGUGGGUCAACCCGGACUGGCAGGAUCCGGACAAGAAGACGGCAUCCGCGGCCACGGCCCUCUCCAACAUUCCCUCCGCCAAGAAGGAUGCGGCCGCGGACGCCAUCAUCAACGGUGUGUGUGUUUUGCAGCCGCCCGAUGGCGUGCCGUCGGUGCAGCAACGUUUCGCCGCGGCCAUGGCAGCGGCGGCGGCGGCUGCCGUUGCGGCGGCCACCGGUGCCGGAGCGACCGUGCCUUCCCAAACCCCGGACGACCCGUCGAGCGAGGCGGAGAACGAUGACGACGAUGCGAAGUCGUCGCACUCGAAACACUCCUCCUACGGUUCGGAGGGUAAGCUAGACGAGGACCGUCCAAGGACGGCCCACGACGAAUCGGAAUCGGACGCACCGUCGGAUGCGUUGCGGCCGGUGGACGGGCCGGCGCUGUCGAGUUCGGCACCGGACAGCGCGGCACAGGACAGCAACGGUAACCGAUCGGGCACCGCCAGUCCCGCGUCCGCCUCGGUGACGGUCAAGAAGGAGAUCCUCGAGGAUAACAACGGUGAUCGGUGGGACGCGUACUAGGAGGUCGGUUCUAAACCGGCCAAAGCCGUGCUCCAACAAAAAACACACACACACACCUGGGUGACCGGUGAAUCCAGUAUCAGUGCAAUCAAAACAAAA